UGUCGGGUAGACGGCAGUGCAUUGACAGGUAAAAACAUAAGUUGAUCCGGAACUUAGAGAAAGAAAAUUAUAACAGACGUUACGUCACCGACUGGACGCGCUCUGCAUCGCGUGACUGUUGCAUUACUCAGAUUCACACGUUGUUUCAUUGGUUUCAGGUCUCACAAACAUGACAUACCAGAUCAGCAGGAUUCAACAGCCUUUCUCCAGCUACAUCCCCAAUGGUAUCCAUAUUGGCAAGCACCUGCUUCUCAGAGGCAGAGUAUCCUACGGAACUGAAGCGUUCGCCGUAAAUCUUCAGCAGAAUGCCGAACCCUGUGAUGGAGAAGUCGCCUUUCAUUUUAACCCGCGCCCAGGGGAGCAAGAAUGCGUGCGCAACUCGUUCGACGGGGGAUCAUGGAUGGACGAGGAGAGAGACCAACCUCACUUUCCGUUCGAUGAAGGUCGGUCGUUUACACUUCGUAUAGAAGUAGCGGAGGAGGCGUUCCGAACUUACGUGAACGGGAAACCGUACAUCAAUUUUGCCCACCGUCUGGACAUGGGAAACGUUCAUUUUCUGUAUCUGACAGAGGGAGCCGAAUUCUACGACAUUAGUUACCAAGACCGAUACGGAUUGCCUUACAAUUCUGAGAUUCCACAACAGAUGAAUGUAGGCAAGGCCGUGAGAAUCCGCGGAGCCUCUCAAGACAAUGACGGCUUCAGUGUUAACUUUGCCUGUGACCCUUGCAAUGAGAACACAGCCUUCCACUUCAACCCUCGCCCUAACGAAGGUGUAGUGGUCCGUAACGCCAAACUAGGGGACUGGGGGGAGGAAGAAAGGGACUACGAUGCGGAGUUUCCCUUCAACCCUUACAACUACUUCGAUGCCUUGUUUGUUUGCACUGAUGAUAAGUAUUUGGUUCACGUCAAUGAUAAGCUUUUCACGGAGUUCAACCAUCGUGGUGGACUGAACGAUGCCUCUCACUUCAACAUCGUGGGCAACAUGGACAUUCAGGACGUUGAGUACUUCGAACCCUUGGAGGAUGACUUUGUGAAGACCUUUCCUUCCGGUCUGGUCAAAGGUGACGUCAUUAUCUUUAAAGGAUUCAUGAGGCCCGGAGGGGACACGUUUUCCAUCAAUUUUAUGAACGGAUACAGUGUAGAGGAUGAUAUAGCCUUCCAUCUGAACCCGCGAGUUGGGGAGGGACAGGUGGUCAUGAACUGCUGCAUGGGUGGGAGCUGGGGAGACGAGGAGAGAGAGGACGUCCCAUCCCCCAUAGCUAACCGAGAACCGUUUGAGGUCAAAGUGGUAGUUAAAAGCAAGAAAUUUAAGGUCUAUGUCAACGGCAAGAAAUGCAUGAAAUUUGCCGCCAGGGGGAGUGUUGAGGAAAUUAAGGGUGUGAACAUCAAGGGUGAAGCGUAUGUUUACGAAGUGAAACUGGAAAGGAAGCUGGAGGAAUCAUGGGAAUGUCUUCCUGGAGGGUUCCGAGUGGGAGGCUGGAUCAUUGUACAGGCAAUCCCCAAGAAAGGUUCCGAAGGAUUCGCUGUUAACCUGCGCACUGGAUCCGAUGAUGGAAGUGACAUCGCACUUCACUUUAACCCCCGCCUCCAAGAGAACUGCACGAUCAGAAACACGUGCGCCGGGGGUGAUUGGGGAGGAGAGGAGCGAGAUCAGCCCUGUUUCCCGUUUGAAAAGAAGGACACCGUCGAGAUUGCUAUCCAAGCACAGCCUGAUAAGUUUGUGACUUAUGUGAACGGAGACCACUACAUCGACUUCAGUCACCGUCUGCCGUUGGAGAGUGUCUGUUAUCUGGAGCUGACCGGAAGUGCCGAUUUCUUUGAGCCAAAGUUCUUCGAUGUCUGGAAGUCUUACAAAAUUCCCGGGGGACUUGCCGUAGGAAAACAAGUCACAUUAAGGGGUCGUGCGUGCCAUGGAGCGUUCUCUAUCAAUGUUUCGGAGAGCGAAGAUUUCCUUGCCAGAGACGUCCUUUUCCACCUUACGUCACGCCCCGCUGAUGGUCUUGUUGCGCGAAACUCGUACAGCGAUGGAUCUUGGGGCCCAGAGGAAACGGACCAGCCCCACUUCCCUUUCGGUGAAGGGAAAUCCUUCACUGUCAGGAUAGAAGUCAGGGAAGAGAAAUACGUCGUAUAUGUCGGUGGCCGACACUUUGUGGACUUUAAUCACCGGAUGGACUUAAAUAGAGGUCACUUUCUGAUCUUGUCAGCGGAAGCGGAAUACUAUGACGUUGUCUUCAAUGAGAGACGUGCCACUCCCUACACCUCAUCAGUCCCUGAUGGAAUGAAGGUCGGAAAAUCAUUUCGAGUUCGCGGCAUGUGCACGGAUGACAUCGGAUUUUCAAUCAACUUUAAAGACGAGGGUGGAAAUUAUUUUUUCCAUUUUAACCCACGGCCUCGCGAUCAAGUUGUAGUGAGGAACGCCCAUUUCGGUUCCUGGGGAGGAGAAGAACGGGAGGGCUCAGGGUUUCCCUUUAAUCCCUGGCAGUUAUUUGACGCCACCUUCGUGUGCAUGGAAGACAGGUUCUCUGUCUUUGUGAACGACGAGCACUUCACAGACUUCGCACAUCGAGGCGACCUGGCCGGUAUUAGUGUCCUGAGUCUGGAGGGCGGUAUCGCCUAUCAGGAUGUAGAGUGCUCAGAGACGAAGGGCUGUGAAAUGGUAAAGGAUGUGGAUUCAGGCUUGGAGUGUGGCGACGUCUUUGAGUUUCAUGGAAAAAUGAAACCAUCCGCCGAGAGGUUUGCAAUUGACUUCAUGAAUGGAACCGCUCCAGAUGAUGACAUAGCUUAUCAUUUCAAUGCCAGGCGAAACGAGGGCCAGGUAGUGAUGAACAGUCGUUUGGGCGGAUGGCAGGGGGAGGAGAGAAAAGACCUCCAUCCUGUGUUUCAAACAGAAAAUCCAUUCGAAGUCAGAAUAGUGACCAAACGAAAGAAAUUCAAGGUAUUUAUCAACGGGGUGAAAUUUUGCGCAUUUAAAAUGCGCUCAAACGUAGAAGACAUCCGGGCUAUUCAAGUCAACGGUGAUGUCUUCAUCCACGAAACUCUCUUGAUGAAGAGACUGGAGCACCCUAUCAGAGAACAGCUACCUUUUGAAUUACAAGUUGGAAGCUGGGUCAUUCUACGCGGCUUUCCCAAAAAACGUUGGACAAGGUUUCAUAUCAACUUUAUGUGUGAGAAUGAAGACGUUGCUUUCCAUUUUAAUCCGCGCAAAGAACAGGCACAAGUGGUGAGGAACUCUAAGUUUGACGGAUCCUGGGGCGAAGAGGAGAGAGAGGCUCCCGACUUCCCUUUUGAGGCGAGAGACACAUUUGAUGUUGUGUUUUACGUCGGGGAGGAUAAAUUCAUUACCUUCCUGAACGGCAAAUUUUUCAUAGAGUACAACCACCGUAUCCCGAUUUCGACUAUCACUCAUCUGUGUGUCGGUGGAGACUGUCUCUUCUACGAACCAGAGUUCCAGUGAUACUAUGUGCAUUAACCGCACACGCCACUGCAUCUGCUGAAUAGGCUUAGGCAUUACGUAUCAUCCUCAACUCUCUCUCGCUUUUAGUUUGUUCAAUCCAAUGGAUGUGAAAUGGGAAUUGAUCUUCAUUCAUUACAAAACAGGAUGUGUGUGCCUUGGAAAUCUAGAUGACAUUCCUGUGGAAAACAUUCUGUAAUGAAUUGACCAUUACAAAGUACAAGUUAUACAUGUAUCUACCAAAUUAUCCAACAUGUCCCUAGAUCUCUGUGUUUUAUUAUGUAAUCGUUAUUUACCAAUUUAGUCUGUGAUUAAAAUAAUAGGAUUUAUGUUCCGGAAUACCCAGUUACACGUUCAUCACUCUCACACGUACGAGCACGCACGCUUGUACGCAUUCUCUCUAUAUAAACGCUUGUACGCAUUCUCUCUAUAUAAAUUGAUAUAUUUUUCUGCUGGCGAUAUUGUAAGCAUUGAAUUAGAAUAAACAAUACUAACAAAGAA